UCUGGAGGAGUUCCUUCAGCAGCUGCUGCGGUUGCAGCUUCAGUCUGGUUGCCAGGAGAACUGAGCAAGACCAUCCCUGUGCAGGACCACAGGUGGAUUGCCAGCACCCUCCUUCACUCCGGUAAACUGCAGCCAGAUGUCAAGCUGUGGUAUGAGCCCCCUGUCCUUCUUCACCCAUCGGCUGAUGGUGUGGAUGCCAUACUAUCUGUGGAAGGUAAAGGUGUCCUGCCCGGCUUGUGGGAAGCAGCUAACGAGCUAUGGUGUCCACAAGAGGGCUCGAAAGGUCCUAGACAUCGACGGGUAUUACCUUAUGGUGACAGAGACACUCAGGUGCACCGUGUGUUCCCUGAACUAUCUGUCGACCAGUCAGACUGUCCGGGACCAGCUGGACCUGCCCCACCAGAAGCUGUUUGAGACCAGCAAGUAUGCUUGUGACAUACGUGUCAUUCGGCUGCUUCGGGACCGGACUCUCGGCAACAGUCCAGCACGACUGCCGAAGCAGCUUCGGGAGAACCACGGUGAGAAGUGGCUGAACCGGUUGGCACACUAUGUGGGGGAGUGUGCUAACUUUAUGGGUCGGCCCAGCCUCUUCCCAGUGAUCUGCCAGGAGCCCCCGGAGCCCAUCCACGUCCCCACCAGUCGCUGGCUGCUGACCGUCUACAGCAGGGACAUCCUCUCCCGUCUGGACCACAUUAAGGCCAGCAUCACCUGUCUGCAUGCAUCUUUGAGUGGGAUGCAGGUGACCUCACUCUGUUGCAGCAGGCUAAGAGAGAGCAGCUCAGACAGGAGGGAGUGCCAGCGCUUACUGAUCUCCUGGUGGACAGGAGAAUCACUAAGAAGUAGCUGAGCCAGUACUGCAGAAGGAGGAUGCGCGGGGAGGAGGGGACCAUCAGCCUCAUCGAGCAGCUGCUGCAAACACUGGGGGGGCAAAAAGGGAGAGACCUCAUGGAGGUGCCGCUGCUGGAACAGGUGCACAUGGAGCACAUCUGGCGGGUGCAGAAACGGCACGUCAAGUGCAUCCAGGACGUGCCAGGUGUGCAGCUGUAUACAGUGACAGGCACUAC